CGUGCUCUCCGCAGGAUGGCCCGCUUCGGAGACGAGAUGCCGGCGCGCUACGGGGGCGGAGGCCCGGGCGCUGCCGCCGGGGUGGUCGCGGGAGCCGGCGGCGGGCGCGGAGCCGGGGGUCCCCGGCCGGGCGCGCAACCCGGGGCGCAGAGGGUGUACAAGCAGUCGAUGGCGCAGAGGGCGCGCACCAUGGCCCUGUACAACCCCAUCCCCGUCCGCCAGAACUGCCUCACGGUCAACCGCUCCCUGUUCCUCUUCAGCGAGGACAACGUGGUGAGGAAAUACGCCAAAAAGAUCACCGAAUGGCCUCCCUUUGAAUACAUGAUUUUAGCCACCAUUAUAGCGAACUGUAUCGUCCUCGCCCUGGAGCAGCACCUGCCCGAUGACGACAAGACCCCGAUGUCUGAGCGACUGGACGACACAGAGCCGUACUUCAUUGGAAUUUUUUGCUUUGAAGCUGGGAUUAAGAUCAUUGCUCUUGGGUUUGCCUUCCACAAAGGCUCUUACCUGAGGAACGGUUGGAACGUGAUGGAUUUUGUGGUGGUGCUAACAGGCAUCUUGGCAACGGUUGGGACGGAGUUUGACCUGCGGACGCUGCGAGCAGUUCGGGUGCUGCGACCGCUCAAGUUGGUGUCAGGAAUCCCAAGUUUACAAGUCGUCCUGAAGUCGAUCAUGAAAGCGAUGAUCCCUCUGCUGCAGAUCGGCCUCCUCCUAUUUUUUGCAAUCCUUAUUUUUGCAAUCAUAGGGUUAGAAUUUUAUAUGGGAAAAUUUCAUACCACCUGCUUUGAAGAGGGGACAGAUGACAUCCAGGGUGAGUCCCCAGCUCCAUGCGGGACAGAGGAACCCGCCCGCACCUGUCCCAACGGGACCAAAUGCCAGCCGUACUGGGAAGGGCCCAACAACGGGAUCACUCAGUUCGACAACAUCCUGUUCGCCGUGCUGACCGUCUUUCAGUGCAUCACCAUGGAAGGCUGGACUGAUCUCCUCUACAAUAGCAACGAUGCCUCAGGGAACACUUGGAACUGGUUGUACUUCAUCCCCCUCAUCAUCAUCGGCUCCUUUUUUAUGCUGAACCUCGUGCUGGGUGUGCUAUCAGGAGAGUUUGCCAAAGAAAGAGAACGGGUGGAAAACCGACGGGCUUUUCUGAAGCUGAGGCGGCAACAACAGAUUGAACGCGAGCUCAAUGGAUACAUGGAGUGGAUCUCAAAAGCAGAAGAGGUGAUCCUCGCAGAGGAUGAGACCGACGUGGAGCAGAGGCAUCCCUUUGAUGUUGGAGCUCUGCGGAGAGCCACUAUAAAGAAGAGUAAAACAGACUUGCUGAACCCAGAAGAGGCUGAGGAUCAGCUGGCCGACAUUGCCUCUGUGGGGUCUCCCUUUGCCCGAGCCAGCAUUAAAAGUGCCAAGCUGGAGAACUCAACUUUUUUUCACAAAAAGGAGAGGAGGAUGCGUUUCUACAUCCGCCGCAUGGUCAAAACUCAGGCCUUCUACUGGACUGUGCUCAGUCUGGUAGCCCUCAACACGCUGUGCGUUGCUAUCGUCCACUACAACCAGCCCGACUGGCUCUCUGACUUCCUCUACUAUGCAGAAUUCAUUUUCUUAGGACUCUUUAUGUCCGAAAUGUUUAUAAAAAUGUAUGGGCUUGGGACACGGCCUUACUUCCACUCUUCCUUCAACUGCUUUGACUGUGGGGUUAUCAUCGGGAGCAUCUUCGAAGUCAUCUGGGCCGUCAUAAAACCUGGCACGUCCUUUGGGAUCAGUGUGUUACGAGCUCUCAGGUUACUGCGUAUUUUCAAAGUCACAAAGUACUGGGCAUCUCUCAGAAACCUGGUCGUCUCUCUCCUCAACUCCAUGAAAUCCAUCAUCAGCCUGCUGUUCCUUCUCUUCCUGUUCAUUGUCGUCUUUGCCCUUCUGGGAAUGCAGCUCUUUGGCGGCCAGUUUAAUUUCGAUGAAGGGACUCCUCCUACCAACUUCGAUACCUUCCCUGCAGCAAUAAUGACAGUGUUUCAGAUCCUGACAGGCGAGGACUGGAAUGAGGUCAUGUACGACGGCAUCAAGUCCCAGGGCGGCGUGCAGGGCGGCAUGGUGUUCUCCAUCUACUUCAUCGUGCUCACGCUCUUUGGGAACUACACCCUGCUGAACGUGUUCCUCGCCAUCGCUGUGGACAACCUGGCCAACGCCCAGGAGCUCACCAAGGAUGAACAAGAAGAGGAGGAGGCGGCCAACCAGAAACUCGCUCUACAGAAAGCCAAGGAGGUGGCGGAAGUGAGUCCCCUGUCAGCAGCCAACAUGUCCAUAGCUGUGAAGGAGCAGCAGAAGAACCAGAAGCCGGCCAAGUCCGUGUGGGAGCAGCGCACGAGCGAGAUGCGCAAGCAGAACCUGCUGGCGAGCCGCGAGGCGCUGUACGGCUGCGAGCUGGACGCCGACGAGCGCUGGAAGGCCGCGUACGCGCGCCACCUGCGGCCAGACGUGAAGACGCACCUGGACCGGCCGCUGGUGGUGGACCCGCAGGAGAACCGCAACAACAACACCAACAAGAGCCGUGCGCCCGCCGAGCCCGCCGUGGAGCCGCGCCCGGGCGCGCAGGACCUGGCCCGCAAGGCGGCGCGCGGCCACGAGCGCUUGCGGGACCUGGGUUCGGCCGACGUGCCCAGGGCCUGGGCGGGCACUCGCGACGCCGCUCCGGGCCGCGAGGGUCCCUACGGCCGCGAGUGCGAGCUGCCGCCCCCGCGCGAGGAGCCCGCACCCUGGGACGGCGACGCCGAACGCGCCAAGGCCAGCGACCCCUCGCGCAGACGAGCCCGGCCCGGCGAGCGCAGCAGGGACAGCCGCGCGGGGUCGCCACGCGCCGGGGACGGGGAGCCGCGCAAGCCCCGCGUGCACCGCAGGCCCGGCGACGACGAGGAGCGCAGGCGUCACCGCGAGGCCGAUGGGCCCGAGGGCGCAGAGCGAAGGCGGCGGCACCGGCACGCGGGGGCCCCGGGCGCCUACGAUGGUGACACACGCAGGGAGGACAAGGAGCGCAGGCACCGGCGCAGGAAAGAGAACCAGGGCUCCGGGGUGCCCGUGUCCGGCCCCAACCUGUCGACCACGCGGCCCAUCCAGCAGGACCUGGGCCGCCAGGACCCACCGCUGGCAGAGGACAUCGACAACAUGAGGAAUAACAAGCUGGCCACUGGGGAGUCGGCGGGUCCUCACAACGGCCUGGGCCACCCAGGGCUGCCCCAGAGCCUGGCCAAGAUGGGGCCCAGCGGGGACCCCGGCCCCACGCCCAACCCACCCGCCGUGGCCACCAACCCCCAGAACUCUGCCAGCCGCCGAAUGCCCAACAACCCAGGGAACCCAGCCAACCCCAGGCCCCCCAAGACCCCUGAGAACAGCCUUAUCGUCACCAACCCCAGCAGCACCCAGCCCAACUCAGCCAAGACUGCCAGGAAGCCCGACCACACCUCGGUGGACAUGGCACCCGCCUGCCCACCGCCGCUCAACCACACGGUUGUGCAAGUGAAUAAAAACGCCAACCCAGACCCACUGCCAAAAAAAGAGGAGGAGAAGAAGGAGGAGGAGGAGGAGGAUGACGCCGGCGAAGACGGCCCCAAGCCCAUGCCGCCCUACAGCUCCAUGUUCAUCCUGUCCACCACCAACCCCCUGCGCCGCCUGUGCCAUUACAUCCUGAACCUGCGCUACUUUGAGAUGUGCAUCCUCAUGGUCAUCGCCAUGAGCAGCAUCGCGCUGGCUGCGGAGGACCCUGUGCAGCCCAACGCGCCACGCAACAACGUGCUGCGGUACUUUGAUUAUGUUUUUACAGGCGUCUUUACCUUUGAGAUGGUCAUCAAGAUGAUUGACCUGGGCCUUGUCCUGCACCAGGGCGCCUACUUCCGAGACCUCUGGAACAUCCUCGACUUCAUUGUGGUCAGUGGGGCCCUCGUGGCCUUUGCCUUCACGAGCAGCACACGUGGCAAUAGCAAAGGAAAGGACAUCAACACAAUUAAAUCUCUCCGAGUCCUCCGGGUGCUACGACCUCUCAAAACCAUCAAGCGGUUGCCAAAGCUUAAGGCUGUGUUUGACUGUGUGGUGAAUUCACUCAAGAACGUCUUCAACAUCCUCAUUGUCUACAUGCUCUUCAUGUUCAUCUUCGCGGUGGUGGCUGUGCAGCUCUUCAAGGGGAAAUUUUUCCACUGUACUGACGAGUCCAAGGAGUUUGAGAAGGAUUGUCGCGGCAAGUACCUCCUGUAUGAGAAAAAUGAGGUGAAGGCCCGGGACCGAGAGUGGAAGAAGUAUGAGUUCCAUUAUGACAACGUCCUCUGGGCCCUGCUGACGCUCUUCACAGUGUCCACAGGAGAAGGAUGGCCACAGGUGCUUAAGCACUCCGUGGAUGCCACCUUUGAGAACCAGGGCCCCAGCCCCGGCUACCGCAUGGAAAUGUCCAUCUUCUACGUCGUCUACUUUGUGGUCUUCCCCUUUUUCUUCGUCAACAUCUUUGUGGCCUUGAUCAUCAUCACCUUCCAGGAGCAGGGGGACAAGAUGAUGGAGGAGUACAGCCUGGAGAAAAAUGAGAGAGCCUGCAUCGACUUCGCCAUCAGUGCGAAGCCGCUGACCCGGCACAUGCCACAGAACAAGCAGAGCUUCCAGUACCGCAUGUGGCAGUUUGUGGUGUCCCCGCCAUUCGAGUACACCAUCAUGGCCAUGAUUGCCCUCAACACCAUCGUGCUGAUGAUGAAGUUCUAUGGAGCCUCAGCUGCUUAUGAAAAUGCCCUGAGGGUGUUCAACAUCGUCUUCACCUCCCUUUUCUCUCUGGAAUGUGUGCUCAAAGUCAUGGCCUUUGGGAUUCUGAAUUAUUUCCGUGAUGCCUGGAACAUCUUCGACUUUGUGACUGUUCUGGGCAGCAUCACAGACAUCCUCGUGACGGAGUUUGGGAAUCCGAAUAACUUCAUCAACCUGAGCUUCCUCCGCCUCUUCCGGGCCGCCCGGCUCAUCAAGCUCCUCCGUCAGGGUUAUACCAUCCGAAUUCUCCUCUGGACCUUCGUGCAGUCCUUCAAGGCCCUGCCCUAUGUCUGUCUGCUCAUUGCCAUGCUCUUCUUCAUUUACGCUAUCAUCGGCAUGCAGGUAUUUGGCAACAUUGGCAUAGAUGGGGAGGAUGAAGACAGUGACGAGGAUGAGUUCCAAAUCACUGAGCACAACAACUUUCGGACCUUCUUCCAGGCCCUCAUGCUUCUCUUCCGGAGCGCCACUGGGGAAGCCUGGCACAAUAUCAUGCUGUCUUGUCUGAGCGGGAAACCAUGCGACAAGAACUCCGGGAUCCUGACUGCUGACUGCGGCAACGAAUUCGCAUACUUCUACUUUGUCUCCUUCAUCUUCCUCUGCUCAUUUCUGAUGCUGAACCUCUUUGUGGCGGUCAUCAUGGACAACUUUGAGUACCUCACCCGUGACUCCUCCAUCCUGGGCCCCCAUCACCUGGAUGAGUACGUGCGUGUCUGGGCUGAGUACGACCCUGCAGCUUGGGGCCGCAUGCCAUACCCGGACAUGUAUCAGAUGCUGAGACACAUGUCUCCUCCCCUGGGGCUGGGGAAGAAGUGUCCGGCCCGAGUGGCAUACAAGAGGCUCCUGCGGAUGGACCUGCCCGUCGCUGAUGACAACACUGUCCACUUCAAUUCCACCCUCAUGGCGCUGAUCCGCACAGCCCUGGACAUCAAGAUUGCCAAGGGCGGAGCUGACAAACAGCAGAUGGACGCUGAGCUGCGGAAGGAGAUGAUGGCCAUCUGGCCCAACCUGUCGCAGAAGACGCUGGACCUACUGGUCACCCCGCACAAGUCCACGGACCUGACAGUGGGGAAGAUCUACGCGGCCAUGAUGAUCAUGGAGUACUACCGUCAGAGCAAGGCCAAGAAGCUGCAGGCCAUGCGCGAGGAGCAGAACCGGACACCACUCAUGUUCCAGCGCAUGGAGCCCCCGUCCCCGACGCAGGAAGGGGGACCUGGCCAGAACGCCCUCCCCUCCACCCAGCUGGACCCUGGUGGAGGCCUGAUGGCUCACGACAGCAGUGUGAAGGAGAGCCCAUCCUGGGUGACCCAGCGGGCGAAGGAGAUGUUCCAGAAGACUGGCACUUGGAGCCCAGAGCGUGGACCCCCCUCCGACCUGCCCAACAGCCAGCCCAACCCGCAGGCGGUGGAGAUGCGAGAGAUGAGCACUGAGGGCUACUCGGACAGUGAACACUACCUCCCCAUGGAGGGCCAGGCCCGGGCCGCCUCCAUGCCUCGGCUCCCGGCCGAGAACCAGAGGAGAAGGGGCCGGCCACGUGGGAGUAACCUCAGUACCAUCUCCGACACCAGCCCCAUGAAGCGCUCUGCCUCCGUGCUGGGACCCAAAGCGCGACGCCUGGAUGACUACUCACUGGAGCGGGUCCCGCCCGAGGACAACCAGAGGCACCACCAACGCCGCCGUGACCGGGGCCACCGGGCCUCAGAGCGCUCCCUGGGCCGCUACACCGACAUAGACACAGGCUUGGGGACAGACCUGAGCAUGACCACCCAGUCCGGGGAACUGCCAUCGAAAGAGCGGGACCAGGAGAGGGGCCGGCCCAAGGACAGGAAGCAGCGGCAGCACCACCACCACCACCACCACCACCACCACCCGCCCCCCGACAAGGAGCGCUAUGGCCCGGAGCGGGAGCGGCCAGACCACAGCCGUACCCGCGCCCGCGACCAGCACUGGUCCCGCUCACCCAGUGAGGGCCGGGAGCACACAGCCCACCGGCAGGGCAGUAGUUCUGUAAGUGGAAGCCCAGCCCCCUCAACGUCUGGUACCAGCACUCCGAGGCGGGGACGCCGCCAGCUCCCCCAGACCCCCUCCACCCCCCGGCCACACGUGUCCUAUUCCCCUGUGAUCCGUAAGGCCGGCGCCUCGGGGCCCCCACAGCAGCCACAGCAGGUAGUGGCCAGGCCAGCCCGGGUGGCCACCAGCGGCCCACGGAGGUACCCGGGACCUGUAGCCGAGCCCCUGGCCAGGGAACGGCCACCCACGAGUGGCCACGGCAGCAGCCGGUCGCCUGGCAUGGAGCGGCGAGCCCCCGGUCUGGCCCGGAGCGAGUCUCCUAGAACCUGUCGCCACGGAGGGGCCUGGUGGCCAGCAUCUGGUCCAAACAUGCCCGAGGCUCCCCGGCACCACAGCUACUACCGGGGCUCCGACUACGAUGAGGCCGAGGGCCUGGGCAGUGGCAGCGGUGGCCUCGGAGAGGAGGCUAUGGCCGGGCCCUAUGAUGUGCCACCCCCCACACGACACCCAUCCUCGGGGACCGCCGGGCGAUCGCCCAGGACUCCCCGGGCCACAGGCCCGGCCUGCACCUCGCCUUCCCGGCACGGCCGGAGACUCCCCAAUGGCUACUACCCGGUCCAUGGACUGGCCAGGCCUGCAGCGCCUGGCUCCCGGAAAGGCCUGCACGAACCCUACAGUGAAAGUGACGACGACUGGUGCUAAGUCCGGGCGAGGCGGCCCCGUCCCCCGCCUGGCUCCCCCAUGCACCCCGCGCACACACCCCACAGGAGGAGCCGUCCCCGCCCAGUACCCCAGGCCCAGGAGAGAACCGGCCAUCGAUGGAGAUCCCAGACUCUGGAGGGGCCGGGGGUCCCCAGAGCACCCCCAGGCCAAGACAGACCCUCCUGGGCAUCAGGGCAUCCCCCAGCCUCGACUUCCCCUCAUGGAGGCCUGGGGUGGGGGAUGGGCAGAGCAGCCACACAGCCGAGGGAUUCGAAUUAACUCAGCUCUUUUUGGACAACUUUGGGGAAAAUGGAAAAAUCUAUAUAUAAAAAACACUACCAUUUUUAAAAGAAAAAACGAGGAGAAAACAAAUAGCUUCUAUUGAUGAGUUUUAUCAUCUCAGUGGAAUCUUUCCUUUCCCUGGCAAGCGAGGAAGCUGGUGGUUGCUGUGGCAGAGGAGCCUCGGGGAGGGCAGAGGACGAAGGAAGGCAGUGGGACCCAGCACCCCAAACCAGACACACCCCACACGCGUCUCAGACCAGGAGUGCUUGCUGGUAACACCGAACCCUACUAUUACUGCCUGCAAAAAUCAGUUUAAAAGAGAAAUCAUCAUAAUAAACAAUUUCAAAAAGGACAAAAAAAUUAAUGAUUGAGAAAAAGAAGCAUUUUCUUCUGACAUUUGGUCUUGCUUGAAAUAACAAAAGAAGAGAUUAAAAAAAAAAAAGACCACGACCACCACCACCACCGAUUCCUUUGCUUCUCUUUUUUUUUUUUUCUUUUUUUUAAAAAUUUUUUUAAAAUUUUUUUUUUUCCUACCUUGUUUGAAAACCGUGGGCUUGGGACUGUGAAUUAUUGCAUGACAUUAAAAGAGAAAAAUUAAAAAUAAAAAAAAAGUUGAACCCAAGGGCUUUG